AUGCACCGGAUAUUCAGAAACUCAGGAAUCAUUUUACAAAUACGGACAGCAGUAACUGCCACUGCAGCCAAGCCGGCAAGCCCUUUCCAAUCCGUAGUGAGCACCAGCGAAGAGGGCUUCAACUUGACAUGCCUCAGUCAACCUCCGCUCUGGCCUGGCCUAUCUCGGGUGGCAGUCGUAUUCAAUGCGGGAUCUCGUUACGAAAUGAAUGGCAAGGAUCGUGGAAUCACGCAUCUGAUUCGUCGAUCGUGUGGGCUGUCCACCACCGAUUUCACGGCUGUCAAUCUAACUAGGCACUUUCAACAAAUGGGAGCCCGUGUCGCCUGCUACACCACUCGAGAGCACAUGAUUUACACCGUCGACGUAGCUCCCAACUUGGCCUCCCGCGCCGGUUACUUGCUCGCUGAGAUGGCCACUGGGGUUGCCUACUAUCAUUGGGAACUGAAAUCUGUGGCGAACAAGUUGAUGCUCCGUGAUAUCGAUCUGCUGCAACGUCGGCAGUUUCCUGCCUUAUGCAUGGAAUUGCUUCAUGAGGCUGCGUUUGGCCUCAGUCCCAGUGGUUCUGGUUUGGGCAACUGCUUAUUCGCCCCCGUGGAUCGUGUGGGCAGCUAUUCCUACGAACAAAUUGAACAAUUCCACCGGCAUUUCUUCACACCGUGCCGUUGCACUCUUGCAUUGGUCGGCCAUGAACCGGGCCAGGAUGGGAUGGAGUUGUUGCGUGAGAUCAAGGGUGGCCUGAAGGUUCGACCACCACAAGCGAUUCCGGAGAAAACCGGCAAAUCUCAUGGAUUCAUCGGAGGCGAUGUUCGUCGUGACCUGGCUGCUGCUCCGCAUGUGUACGCCAAUGUAGCCUGGCCCACCAGUGGUUUGUAUUGCCCUCACAAGCUGGCCAUUGAUUUGGCCGUAUGCCUUACGACUGGGUCCACAGGACGCGUAAGUUACGGUGGUGUGGAUGAAUCUACCGACGAUACACAGUUGGCUGCAUUUCACAAAGCAUAUGACGGCUUUGGCAUGUUCGGCCUAAGUGUCUUUGGUUAUUCGGCCAAAGCGGUUGAGGACCGGCUGAUCCGCGCCAUCCACGCCUUGCGAAAGGCCAAGAUUACUCUCGAUGAGUUAAGGAUCGCGAAAUCCCUGUACAGAGCGGAUCUCUCGAUGAUCAUGGAAAGCCCUGCAGCAUUGGCUGUCGACCUGGCUGUGCAAGUCUCCCGAUCGGGGAAGGUAUACCACGCACCUUUGCACCGAGCUGCUGCGAUCGAUAACAUCUCAACGACAGAAGUGAAAGAGGCUCUGAAUAAGGUUUUAUCCUCUCCUAUCGCCGCGCUCUCCGUCGUCGGCCCAGAGGCCUCCGAGAUUCUACCAGUCCAAGUGCUUUUGUCU